AUGGCCGAUUUAAUCGACGAUGUGAUAUGGGAGUCGAGAGAAAAUGAUACCAACCUCGAUGAAGGAACCUCGAAUACAAGGGGUAGCGGUGUGGAUGAUGAUUUUGCACAGUUGUUGGAAGAAAUGGAAACCCAAUUGUAUACUGGUUGCAUCUUUUCUUCCCUUGAGUUUCUAGCAAAGUUAAUGCAUAUCAAGGUGAACAACAAAUGGACUGAUAGUUCAUUUGAUCAACUCCUUGAGCUCUUGCAAUUAGCAUUUCCCAAAGGCAACAAGGUUCCCCUUUCACAUUAUCUAGCCAAAAAGAAAUUGAAGUCUAUUGGCCUGGGGUAUGAGUCGAUACAUGUGUGCAAAAACGAUUGUUGUCUCUUUUGGAAAGAACAUGAUUCAUUGCAAGUUUGUCCCGUUUGUAAAGAGAGCCGAUGGAUCGAUAAAAACACCAAGGGUAAGAAAGUACCUCAUAAGGUGUUACGGUACUUUCCUGUGACCCCUAGACUACGACGUUUAUAUUGUUCGAGGCACACUGCCAAAAAUAUGAUUUGGCAUAGUACCAGACGUUCAGAAGAUGGUGUGAUGAUUCAUCCUGUUGAUGGGGAACAUUGGCAAGAUUUUGAUAAAAAAUACCCCGACUUCUCGAGUGAACCCCGUAACAUACGCCUAGGUCUUUCAGCUGACGGUUUCAAUCCAUUUGGAAACAUGUGUAAUCCACAUAGCACAUGGCCGGUCAUACUCACCACAUACAAUCUGCCACCCUGGCUUUGUAUGAAAGAGUCAUCAUUCAUGUUGACUUUGUUGAUUCUAGGACCGAAAGCUCCAGGCGUACGUAUUAAAGAUGUGGCGACAAACACAUUCUUCACGAUGAGAGCUAUGUUGUUGUGGACAAUAAAUGAUUGGCCAGCUCGUAGUAGUUUAUCAGGUUGGAGUGGGCAAGGGUAUAGAGCAUGUGCUACUUGCAAUGAAGACACUCCUUCGUACCGUGCAACAAACAAAGUCGUAUAUAUCGGUCAUCGUCGUUUCCUGGAUGCUAAUGAUCCAUUAAGAAAGAGGUUGGACUUUAACGGGAUGGAAGAGACAAGACCCGCUCCGAGACACUUUAGUAAUGAUGACAUACAAGAGCAACUAGGUCGUCUACUAACUCGUAAAUCGGGUAAACAUCCUGAGCAUGGAGGCGGGGAGCCAAAGCGGCAAGAUUAUGAGUUGAACUGGUCGAAACGAAGCAUUUUCUUCGAACUCGAGUAUUGGUCUUCUCUACAGUUGAAACACAGCAUAGAUGUCAUGCAUGUCUAG